GUUAGUACAGAUUAAUAUUUCAAUCCACCCUUAAUCCAUCUCCUACCUGGAUUAGUUUCUUAACAAAAAUAUUCAGUCUUAGCUCAAUCUCAAUUCUCAUCCUGCAGUCACUAAACACGGAUUUAGAAACCAACAAGGUUAGUCAUUAGUGUUAAGAGCUCCUAGCUACUGGAUCGGCCUCCUCUCUCGGCCAUUCGCUCUCCGUGAUAUCUUCUAAUGAUUGUUAAGCUUGGAUAUCGUAGAAUUUUCGGUUCCCAACUCCCAAUGGCGAAUUCUAUGUCCAUUUUCUUAUUAUAAUCCGACUCGGUGACCCGAUCAUGAAUCAAAUCAGACGGAAUCAAACGUGCCUGCGACGCAAAUUCAACUUCUUCCCGGUAAUUUUUGCUCCACUCGCUGGAUUAAAUCUCCUUUGGUUUAGGAUAACGCCCCAUGCCCUGCCUUCUCGUAUCACAUUAAUGGCGCAGACCACCACGUCCCCGUCACCACCUCCUCCUUACGCAACCCAAUAACUCAAAUCUGAUCAGUUCACCAACUACCCGACAAUCAGAAAAGAAAGAAGUAGGAGUAGAAGUAAAAGAAGCUUCUUCUCGAGCUCUCCGAUUAGCCUGCACCGCUAGCUGCUCCGCCGUCCAUGGACACCUCCCGUAGUCACAUCCUCGUGGCCCGGGAGCCGGGCGGCAUUGCCACGGUGACGAUCAACCGCCCCAAGGCCCUCAACUCCCUUACCCGGCCCAUGAUGGUGGACCUCGCCCGCGCCAUCAAGGCCCUUGCCCGGGUCGACUCGGUACGGGUCAUAAUCCUGUCCAGUUCCGGCCGGGCCUUUUGCUCCGGCGUCGACCUCACCGCCGCCGAGGACGUGUUCAAGGGUGACGUCAAGGAUAUCGAGACCGACCCCGUCGCCCAGAUGGAGCUCUGCCCCAAGCCCAUCAUCGGCGCCAUCAAUGGGUUUGCCGUCACGGCCGGUUUCGAGAUCGCCCUCGCCUGUGAUAUUCUGAUCGCCGCUAAAGGGGCUAAGUUCAUCGAUACACAUGCCAAGUUUGGGAUCUUCCCUUCAUGGGGCCUCUCUCAGAAGCUAUCCCGAAUCAUCGGACCCAACAGAGCGCGUGAAGUAUCUUUGGCGGCCACGCCUCUCACUGCUGAAAAUGCUGAGCAGUGGGGUUUAGUGAACCAUCUAGUUGAAGAACGUGACCUAAUGAAGAAAGCUAGAGAAGUCGCAGAGGCCAUCAUAAGGAACAACCAAGACAUGGUGUUGAGGUACAAGUCGGUUAUCAAUGAUGGCCUCAAGCUCGACCUUGGCCACGCGCUUGCUCUAGAAAAGGAGAGGGGUCACGAAUACUAUAAUGGGAUGACGAAGGAACAAUUCAAGAAGAUGCAAGAAUUCAUAGCAGGACGGGCCUCCAAGAAGCCCGCCUCCAAAAUGUAGAGCUGCUGCAGAAAACAGAGAGGCCCAAGUGGAAAGAAGAAAAGGGAAACAAGUUAUUCCCUUGCACCAAAAUUUGCACGAAGAAGGAAGCGUAAACGACUUCCAGUUGUGGAAAAAUAAUGCAUAGUAAGUGGAGAAACGUUAUUGCAUAGAAACCAGUGGGCCGAGUGAUGUAUCAUGACCAGUUUAAGUUGCAAGUGUAUGGUCAGGAAAGUUUCUAUUCAAUCCUUGCUCUUCUCUUUUUCCCUUCCAGUGAUGAAAUAAUGCUAUUGAAAAGUUGAACAAUGUGCUAUUUCUGUAUCUUGGUCAGUUUUGGCACAGAAAGUGAAACUUAAGAUUGAACCUCCAUGUUGCCGCA